AUGGCGAUGCAGCAAUGGCAGACGCAGCUGAAGCGAGCUUCGCGUUGGUUCGAGGAGGGAUUUCGUUUCCGCCCCACAGAUUCAGAAGGACUCACGUUCUUAUUGAGAUUCGUCGCUGGACAAGAGAUGCAUGAUGCUGGAUUUAUUACUACUAACAUUGAUGUCUAUGGCAAACAAGAACCUUGGGAGAUUUACGACAAUGGAGUACCCUGUGGUGAUGAUGAGGACAACAGUAGUUAUUGCUACUUUAUCACAAAGCUGAAGAAGAAAAGCAACGCAAGGUAUCAUCGUUCUGUCCGAAACAAGGGAACUUGGAAACAGGACGCCAAGGACAAACCAGUUCACUACAAAACUAUGGGAAACACAUCUUCAGUGGUUAAUAUUGGAUCCAAGACGUGUUUGUCUUACAAGAAUAAAAUGUUUUACCCUGAAGAUCAGAGAGACGGACAUUGGCCGAUGAAGGAGUACGAGCUUUCUAAGGUUAUUCUUCACAAGUUAGACGAAGACCGUAGAGAUUAUGUUCUCUGCGCCAUCAAGAAGUUGAAGCACGUUAACAGUUCAUCCGAAACUUCCACAACCACCAUGCUGAAUUUUGAUCAGUCGGUGUUGCCUGAUAUGUACAGCAAUUCAGCUCAUGUGGUAUACUCUGAAGUGGCUGAUCACAUGACUUAUAUGUCUCAAAUAAAUUCGAAGAAGGUGCCCGAAGAUGUGCUCGGCUUGGAUUUAUGGGAUAUAAUGAACUCGGAUGAGUUACAUCGGAUAUUAGAAGACGUAUCUGAGUGUUGUCCAAAUGGAUGCUGA